AUGGUAAUUGGCACUUCUAUAAUUCCUAGACAGAAAAGUAAGAGGGGGGGGCAGGGUCCUCCCGAGCGAAAGCCCAACCCCUCCCUUUCCUGCAAGAAGUCGGGCGUGUGGGGGUCCCGUUGGUUCGGCUCUGCAGAGGCUGCCUGGGGGCGCCUGCUGGGAUCCGGUGGUGAUGAUUUGGAAAUUGAGAGCGAGGACACCCAUGACAGAAUCCACACAGUGGAGAAGCCAUUGCCACUCUUGGAGUGUGGAGAGAGCUUCAGUCACGGCUCCCAUUCGACUACCCACCAAAGAAAUGCUAUUGGGAAGAAACCCUCUCAGUUCUCUGAAUGGGGAAAAAAAUUCUGUUGGAAUGAAAGUCUAACUUCACAGGAAAUAAUUCCCACAGGGGAGGACCCACUGAAAUGCUUGGAAUGUGGAAAGAGCUUCAGUAAGAGUGCACAUCUCGUUUCACAUCAAAUAAUUCAUACAGGCGAGAAACCCUAUCAGUGCUUAGAAUGUAGGAAAAGCUUUAAUGCAAGCAAAACCUUCCAUAAACAUCAGAGAAUUCACAGGGGGGAGAAGCCAUUUGAAUGCCAAGAGUGUGGAAAGAGUUUCAGUCAGAGAACCCAUCUCACAGCCCAUCAAAUAAUUCAUACAGGUGAGAAACCCUAUCAGUGCUCGGAAUGUGGGCGGAGCUUCAAUCACAGGAUGACUCUCAGGGUCCAUCAAAGGAUUCACAGUGGUGAAAAACUCUAUCAGUGCUCAGAAUGUGGGAAGAGUUUCACUGUGAGCUCCCAUCUCACUUCCCACCAAAGAAUUCAUACUGGGGAGAAACCAUAUAAAUGUGUGAAUUGUGGAAAGGGCUUCACCCAAAAGGCAAGUCUCACUUCCCAUCAAAGAAUUCACAGUGGUGAGAAACCAUAUCAGUGCUUAGAAUGUGGAAAGAGUUUCCUACAGAGAGCCAAUCUCACUUCUCACCAAAGAAUUCACACAGGGGAGAAACCAUAUCAGUGCUUGGAAUAUGGGAAGAGCUUCACUGUGAGCGCUGGUCUUACUUCCCACCAAAAAAUUCAUAUUGGGGAGAAACCCUAUCAAUGUGUGAAUUGUGGAAAGAGCUUCACCCAGAAGCAAAGUCUCACUUCCCACCAAAGAAUUCACAGUGGUGAGAAACCAUAUCAGUGCUUAGAAUGUGGAAAGAGUUUCUGCCAGAGAGCCAAUCUCACUUCUCACCAAAGAAUUCACACAGGUGAAAAACCCUAUCAGUACUUGGAAUGUGGCAAGAGCUUCAGUCUGAAGAAAAGUCUCACUCAUCACCAAAGAAUUCACAGUGGUGAGAAACCCUAUCAGUGCUCGGAAUGUGGAAAGAGUUUCUGCCAGAGAGUCAAUCUCACUCAUCACCAAAGAAUUCACACAGGUGAAAAAUCCUAUCAGUGCUUGGAAUGUGGCAAGAGCUUCAGUCUGAAGAAAAGUCUCACUUCCCACCAAAGCAUUCAUACUGGGGAGAAACCCUAUCGAUGCUUGGAUUGUGGAAAGAGUUUCUGCCAGAGAGCCGAUCUCACUUCCCACCAAAGAAUUCACACAGGAGAGAAACCAUAUCAGUGCUUGGAAUGUGGAAAGAAUUUCCGCCAGAAAGUCAGCCUCACUUCCCACCAAAGAAUUCACACAGGGGAGAAACCCUAUCAGUGCUUGGAAUGUGGGAAGAGUUUCCGCCAGAAAGUCAACCUCACUUCCCACCAAAGAAUUCACAGGGAGAAACCCUAUCAGUGCUUGGAAUGUGGGAAGAGUUUCCGCCAGAAAGUCAACCUCACUUCCCACCAAAGAAUUCACACAGGGGAGAAACCCUAUCAGUGCUUGGAAUGUGGAAAGAGCUUCAGUCAUAAGCAAAGUCUCCCUUCCCAUCAAAUAAUUCACAGUGGUGAGAAACCUUAUCAGUGCUUGGAAUGUGGGAAGGGCUUUGGUAAGAGGACCAAGCUCAUGGCCCAUCGACGAACUCACAGUGGUGAGAAACCCUAUGAAUGCUUGGAUUGUGGAAAGAGUUUCAGCCAAAGGGCCAAUCUAACUUGCCAUGAAAGAAUUCACACAGGGGAGAAACCAUAUCACUGCUUGGAAUGUGGGAAGAGCUUCAACCAGAAGCAAAGUCUCACUUCCCACCAAAGAAUUCACACAGGGGAGAAACCUUAUCAGUGCUUGGAAUGUGGAAAGAGCUUUGGUAAGAGGACCAAGCUCAUGGCUCACCAAAGAAUUCACAGUGGUGAGAAACCCUAUCAAUGUGUGAAAUGUGGAAAGAGUUUCUGCCAGAAAGCCCAUCUCACUUCCCACCAAAGAAUUCACACAGGGGAG